AUGGUACACGCCGUCCUUCCCGCCCUAAUCCCGGACAUCCGGAAAGUCUACAACGUCUACUUUGGAGCAUUCGGCAACGACGGCAUGGGGGAGAUCAUGCUUCAGAUCCUUUUCCCCAACGGCAUCGACUCGGAGCAGUUCCGUGAGGCGCACGCGGCCGGCACGCUGAGCUGGUGGCACCAGAGCGAUACCCAGUACACGUACAAGUGCGUCGACAUGGACACGGGCGAGAUUGUGGGCAUGGCCCUCAUCGAUAUCUAUAUCAAGCACCGGUCGGAGGAGGAAAGAAAGAAUGGUGGUGUGCCGUGGUUGGAGGGGGAGCAGCGGGAGAGGGCUGAGAAGGUGCUUAAUCCGCUGUGGGAGAUGAGGGAGCGGUUGUUUGGUGGGCAGCCGUAUAUUUACGCACAUGUCAUUGGCGUACUCCCCGAGCACCAAGGCAAAAAAGCGGGUGCGGCCAUGGCAUCCAUGGGUAUCGACCUCUGCGACCGCACCGGCCUGCCCAUGUACUUUGAGGCCUCACCUACAUCGGUGGGCCUCUAUGAGAAGAUGGGCUACGAGAGGCUCAACGAGACGAUUGUCCACAAAGCAGAGCUGUUGGGCACCAGGGAAGACGUGACGGUGCCGCUCAUGGUCCGUAUGCCCAAGAUGGCAGGCGGCAUGAGCUUCUACGAGUGGAAGGAGAAAGGGUAUCCCCGCUUC